GGCGCCUCCCGCCCGGGGGGAGCGGCGCGCGCGGCGGCCCCGAGGCUCAGAGCGCCGAGCGCGGCCGGCGGCGGCGAGGGAGGGCUGGGCGCGGACGGCCGGCGCGCGGCGCGGCUGCCAUGGGCGCGCAGUGAGCGGCUGCUCGGCGCGAACUUCCUCGGCGGCGCGGGGGCUCCUGGCUGGCGGCGCGGCUCCUCGGUCACCAUGAAAGACGACUUCGCAGAGGAGGAGGAGGUGCAGUCCUUCGGUUACAAGAGGUUUGGUAUCCAGGAAGGAACGCAAUGUACCAAAUGUAAAAAUAACUGGGCACUGAAGUUUUCUAUCAUAUUAUUAUACAUUUUGUGUGCCUUGCUAACAAUCACAGUAGCCAUUUUGGGAUACAAAGUUGUAGAGAAAAUGGACAAUGUUACAGGUGGCAUGGAGACAUCUCGCCAAACCUAUGAUGACAAGCUCACAGCAGUGGAAAGUGACCUGAAAAAAUUAGGGGACCAAACUGGGAAGAAAGCUCUAAGCACCAACUCAGAACUCUCCACCUUUAGAUCAGACAUUCUGGAUCUUCGGCAACAACUUCAUGAGAUUACAGAAAAGACCAGCAAGAACAAAGAUACGCUGGAGAAGUUACAGGCUAAUGGGGAUGUGCUGGUGGACAGACAGAGUCAACUGAAAGAAACUCUGGAGAAUAACUCUUUUCUCAUCACCACUGUAAACAAAACCCUCCAGGCGUAUAAUGGCUAUGUCACGAAUUUGCAGCAAGACACCAGUGUGCUGCAGGGCAAUCUGCAGAGCCAAAUGUAUUCUCAUAACGUAGUCAUCAUGAACCUCAACAACCUGAACCUGACGCAGGCGCAGCAGAGGAACCUCAUCACUAACUUGCAGCGGUCUGUGGAUGACACAAGCCAAGCCAUCCAGCGAAUCAAGAAUGACUUUCAAAAUCUGCAGCAGGUUUUCCUUCAAGCCAAGAAGGACACUGAUUGGCUGAAGGAGAAAGUGCAGAGCUUACAGACGCUGGCGGCCAAUAACUCUGCAUUGGCCAAAGCCAACAAUGACACCCUGGAGGAUAUGAACAGCCAGCUCAGCUCAUUCGCAGGUCAGAUGGACAACAUCUCCACAGCCUCACAGGCCAACGAGCAGAACCUGAAAGACCUGCAAGACGUACAUAAGGAUGCGGAGAACAGAACAGCCAUCAAGUUCAGUCAGCUGGAGGAACGCUUCCAGCUCUUUGAGACGGACAUUGUGAACAUCAUUAGCAACAUCAGCUACACAGCCCACCACCUGCGGACGCUGACCAGCAAUCUGAAUGAAGUCAGGACCACUUGCACGGAUACACUGACCAAACACACAGAUGACCUGACCUCCUUGAAUAAUACAUUGGCCAACAUCCGUUUGGAUUCUGUUUCUCUCAGGAUGCAACAAGACCUGAUGAGGUCAAGAUUAGACACGGAAGUAGCCAACUUAUCAGUGAUUAUGGAAGAAAUGAAACUUGUAGACUCCAAGCAUGGCCAGCUCAUCAAGAACUUUACAAUCCUACAAGGUCCUCCUGGCCCCAGGGGUCCAAAAGGUGACAGAGGACAGCAGGGACCCCCUGGUCCCACUGGCAACAAAGGACAGAAAGGAGAAAAGGGGGAGCCUGGCCCUCCCGGCCCUGCCGGAGAGAGGGGCCCUACCGGGCCAGUAGGCCCCCCCGGAGAGCGCGGCGGCAAAGGCUCCAAAGGCUUGCAGGGCCCCAAAGGCUCCCGAGGAUCCCCCGGGAAGCCCGGCCCUCAGGGUCCCAGUGGGGACCCAGGCCCCCCAGGCCCGCCAGGCAAGGAUGGACUCCCCGGCCCCCAGGGCCCUCCUGGCUUCCAGGGACUGCAAGGCACUGUGGGGGAACCCGGGGUGCCUGGACCGCGGGGACUACCGGGCUUGCCUGGGGUACCAGGCAUGCCAGGCCCCAAAGGCCCCCCCGGUCCCCCAGGCCCAUCGGGGGCAGCGAUGCCCCUGGCCCUGCAGAAUGAGCCAACCUCAGCACCGGAGGCCAAUGGCUGCCCACCUCACUGGAAGAACUUCACAGACAAAUGUUACUAUUUUUCGGUUGAGAAAGAAAUUUUUGAGGAUGCAAAACUUUCCUGUGAGGACAAAUCCUCACAUCUCGUUUUCAUAAACACAAGAGAAGAACAGCAAUGGAUAAAAAGGCAGAUCGUAGGGAGAGAUAGCCACUGGAUCGGCCUCACGGACUCAGAGCAAGAAAAUGAAUGGAAAUGGCUGGACGGGACAUCUCCAGAGUAUAAAAACUGGAAAGCUGGACAGCCAGAUAACUGGGGUCAUGGCCACGGGCCAGGAGAAGACUGUGCUGGGCUGAUUUAUGCGGGGCAGUGGAAUGAUUUCCAGUGUGAAGACAUUAAUAACUUCAUUUGUGAAAAAGACAGAGAGACAGUACCGUCAUCUGCAUUAUAAUGGACUGUGAUGCAGUAACAUGAGCAAGUUUUCGGAUGGUUCUCAAAGGCAAAGGACCCUUCUUUCUGAUUGCAUUACCUUCUCACCAGAUGGAAAAACAGCACUGAUAACCAAUUACUGAAAAAACUGACAGCUAGUGUUCUUUACCAUCAUCCUUUACUCAAGGACUUUAGAACUAAAAUGUUCCCCCAGUACAAUAUAUUGAUUUCCAGAAUGCAAAUGGACUGAGUCACACGGAUUUUCUCAGCCAUACAAUUAUGCAAAUCCUAACUUCCAAAGUAUGGAAAGCUCCAAUCAUAGAAAGACUGUCAUUGGUUGGUGAGCUUUAGGAAGAACUUAAAACAUACUGUGUGAACAGUACCUUACAUUUCUAAAAUCCCAAAUGUAGGAAAAAUAUGCAGACAUACAGAUUUAUAGGCCAACUCUUAGUAAUAAUAUGAAAUACACUUAAAGAGCUUUUAAAACUUUGUAUUUUUGUACAAAAUAUUUGCCUUUUUACAAUUUUUUCCUUGUUUUACUUUUUUUUUUUUUUUUUUUUUUUUUGUCUUUUGUCAUUUUACCAAUAUACUACAUGGAACCAAAGAAAACAGUAAUGGUACUAAUAAAAACUCCUAGGGUUUCUUAUCAGAUUUAAUUCUACCCAGUGGCAAAGAAUUUAAUUUCAGUUGUGGUUUAAAAAUAAAUAAAUAUAUGAGUGUAUAUAUUUAUAUUUUUUUAAUUUAUCGUUUCCUCAGAGGAAAUAGCUAUGAGAGUAUGGUAGGCUCUCCAGGCACCUGAGCUGCUAUGUGCUGUGGGAAGAUGCAAGACAUUUUUCUUUCCGAAUAGCUUUUGAACAAAUGAAUGCAGUGGAAGAAAAAACCCUUUAUUUUCCUCCUCCAUUAUCUAUGUUCAUCAACUCCUCCAUCCUUCCUAACUAGCAGUUAAAGCUGAAGCAGACAACAAAGGUAACAGCUGUUCCCAUUUAAAAAUAUAUAUUUAAAGAAAUAUAUAUAAGUCAGGUUAACAAUACCAACCAUGUGUAUUUGCCUCAGAUGACAAAGCUGGUCUCUAGUUGAAAAAGCAUGUGAACUCAUUCAUGACUCAAGUCACACAAUAAUAAUAGUUUAAAUAUAUUUAGCAUUUUCAUGUACAUUAUCUCUUCUGCUCCUCAUGCAAAACCUAUUGUCCCUACUUUAGAAAUGAGGCAACUGAGGCUCAUAUGGAGAUUUGCCCAUUACCCACAUUGCUGUCACACUUUCAAAAAUGCAAAUUUGAUCAGGUUCCUCCUUCUUAUGUCCCCAAAUCUGAGUCCAUCCUACCCCUUACCCCAAAUUUAAAAUCUUCCAAAGGAUCCCAGUUGCCUAAAGAACCUUAGUGACCAGGUUCCAACCCCACACUCCCUCAGCCAGGCCCAGGACAGACUGACAAGCCACCUGCACGUUCCACCAUGCUCUUUCUUCCCCCAGGGCUCUACCUGGACUUCCUCCCCAUCCUUCGUGCCUGGGAAGUACCUCCUUGAAGAUUCAGCUCAAGCAUUACUUGUCUGAAAGCUUCCCUGACAAAUGCACCCCUGGGUAAACUUCGUGCUUCCAUGCCAGACACUGGCACAAGUGCUCUCGGUGCUGUGGGAGAAAACUCUUCACUGCCUUAGGUGAUCUACACAUCUGUUUAGAGGACUAAAAAUUGAGAGAGAAAGGGGAAUAUGGCUGACCAGUGAGGACAUCUUAAAGGAACGGAAGCAUGAGAGAAGCCAACCAAGAGAAAUAAAGGAAUUCAUGUUGCUAA